GAGCUAUUAGCUGUGCGCUGCAAACAUCAUUAGGAGGGGAGACGCUUUCCACCGUCAGCGCCGGAGCAGAGCAGGGGAGCCCUGGCAACAAGGAGAGACACAAACUCAGCAGCCCGUUACACCCUACAGGAAUGCUGACAGCACCUGCAGACAGACAGACGUGGACAGACGGCACAGACACCCGGAACGCUUCCCUCCCAUUGGUGGAGAGAUUCAGACUUCACACCAGGACCUGCAGCUCCAGUCGGUCAUCAGCUUUCAACUGAGCAGCAGGCUCCACCUACUCCGCCCAAGUAGCUCUGCAUCCUCUACUCAGCCGCUGUAAGAGCCACCUUUUCAAGUGAGGGAGUGCUGAGUCCCUGAGUCAACACACUGCAUUCUGGGAUAGUCUGGAACCCUCUCCAUGGGCUGUACCACCUGUUGACAAACCAGGGGGGUCUGGAGGAGCUGUGUUGAAUGAGGAUUGCGCUGGGUGUCGGCAGGCUUGCUUUUGCAGGGAAAUGAUUCCGCAUGAAGUGCGGCGCACUCGGCCCCCCGUCGUCCUCGGCGGCAGCAGCAGGUGUGACGUCGUGACACUCUCCCCUACCACACUGAGCUCACCCUUCAGCCGCUAAAGACCCCUGGACCAAACAGACCGCCCUACCCCUCCCCUCUAACUACCCCUCCAUAUCUUCAUCUCCAUCUUUAAUCCUUCCUCACCUGCUUGUUAGGACCUGGAUUUUCUUUGUUAUCAAAAAAAAAAGACCUGGUUCAACGGCCUUGGGUGAACUGGAUAGAGAGUGAAAGAGAAAAAAGUUUGGGAAAGUUAAUUCAUCGUUAAUUAAAGUGAGACAAGGGGAUUAUCACAAGUGAGAAAAAGAGAAAAGAAAGUGAAAUAGAAAGUUAGAGAGAGAGAGAACAAAAAAGGAAGAUAAAGCUGUAGAAGUCCAAAAAUUAAGGAAUUGCAAGUACAGUUAAAGGACGGGAGGCGAAGUCAGCAUGAAGUCCAACCAGGAACGCAGUAAUGAAUGUCUGCCCCCAAAGAAGAGGGAGAUCCCCUCAAGUACAUUACCAUCUGAAAUUCGCUCACCCAUUAUGCCACCUGCCAGUGACAGCCAGCGCACAGAGAACAUGGCCUGGCUUGCCAGUGUGGCUGGUGGCAAUGAGAGUGGCGUGGGUGGGCACCGUAGCUCCAGUCAGUCUGACGGGCCCCAGUAUAAAUCCCUCUUCUCCACAUCAGACACUUCAUCCUCCUCUUCCUCACUGAGGUUAGUCUCAUCUCUUCCUACAGUGUAUACAUCCCCUCUGUCACAGUCCACAGUUGGAGGAACUGUCCAUUACACCCAACUGCCUCCCAACCUGCAGUUUAUAGCCUCACCCUACACUGCCCCAUACACAGGCUACAUCUCCCCUCAACUGCUUCCACCUCCUCCUCCACCUCCCCCCCUCUCCUCCUCCUCUUUGGCCGCACAGAGACCCUCACACACAGAGACAGUCUGUGCUCCUUCGCAGGCCUCCAAACAUGACCAGCAGAGAGCAUCCACGGGGCGUACCUCCAUGCCUCCACCUUCUACAGACCCCAACCCUCACCAUGUUCAAAUGUCAAGCUCCCCACGGACUGUGCCGUCGCCUCAUCACCAGGGAGGCGUUCACCUUUCUCCCCACUCACUGCAUCACCAUCAUACUUUGGGGCAUGGGAUGUCCCAGGUUGUGGUGCAGUACACAGAUGGACCCACCAGGAAAGAGGAGAUUGGCACCAGACCCAGAGAGCUCCACAAUGGAGAGCUGGAAAGGGGCCGGCGGUAUGGAGCAUCCCCUGAGUCCAGCCUCUCCAAGCCAGGGAGCAAAUUACGAGACACCACUUUGUCCUCUUACGAGGCACGCCAGCUGGUUCUGCCAUCAGAGUACUCUACUCAUGAUCCCUCAGGGCUGAGAACAUCUGUCAUGCUUAUGCCUAACAGCCAUGGGGACCACCAGCUGGUACCACCCAGAGCCAGCCCUGAGAAGGUGACAACCUCUGCACACCUGGAGAAAGGUGGCAUCAUCCUGGGCAAGCCUGUCAAUCGCACAUCCUCCUCCUCCAACACCACUUCCUCUUUCACGUUUCCACCCCCAUUAAGUGUCAACAGCCUGAAAGCUGCUGUCAGCACACUGUCGCCCCAGACCGUUAUCCAGACCACCCACAACGCUACAGAGUCACUGUCAAUGGGGCUCCCCUCCACCAGUAUCUACCCUCAGCCACCAAUCAUUGGUUACAUCGCAGAGGGCAAUGGGAGCCAGCAUACGCCAAUCAGCUACCACACCAGCCUACAACAACACUUACUCAUUCCUGGCGCCCAACCGGUCAUUAUCCCUGUUAGUGGAGGUGGAGUCACCACAUUGGAAGCUGUAACUUCCCACGUAACAUCAUCGACCCAAGCCGCACCGUUUCCUACCACACUCCCACACACAUACAUUGCUGCCACUGCCACCAAAGGAGAAACUCUGGAACCCCCCAGCGGCCACUAUCAUCAGGCUGCUUCAAGUGCAGUGGUCCAAGCCCAGCUUCAUCUGCCCAUUGUUCCUGCUCUGCCGGGUCUAGUUGCUCCUUCUGCUCCUCCGCCCACAUCCAGUACAGUGGUGCCCCCUUCACUCCCCCCGUAUUUCAUCAAGGGCUCCAUCAUCCAGCUGGCCGAUGGAGAGCUGAAACGUGUGGAGGACCUGAAGACAGAGGACUUCAUCCAGAGUGCCGAGAUCAGCAGUGAGCUGAAGAUCGACUCGUCCACAGUUGAGCGCAUCGAAGGGAGCCACACCUCACCCAACUUUGCUGUGGUUCAGUUUUCCGUUGGUGAGCACCGUGCACAGGUGAGUGUGGAGGUCUUGGUGGAGUACCCCUUCUUCGUCUUCGGCCAAGGCUGGUCUUCAUGCUGCCCUGACCGGACCACCCAGCUUCUGGAGCUGCCUUGCACCAAGCUGUCUGUGGGUGAUGUUUGUAUUUCACUUACCCUCAAGAACCUGAGGAACGGAUCUCUGAAGAAGACGCAGCCCCUGGAGCUGGCCACCCCUGCUUGUGUCCCAGCCCCCAGCCACGCGCACCUCAAACCCCACAGAGCUGUUUUAGACGCUCCCCAAAGCUGUGGUGGAGGAGGCUCCAGGCACAGCGAGCGGGAGAAUGGCAUCAGCCAGCGAGGGAAGGGUGGAAGUGGCAAUAGGAGUGGCACCAAUGUGGAAAACGGAGAUCUCAUGUUUGGAGAAAGAGGGUUAGUUUCUAAAUGUCAGGUUGCCGGCGGUGCAGAAGCUGGCUCCAGUAAGCCAUCAAGAGGCAGGAAGCGGAGAUGGUCUGCCCCUGAAGGUCGAAAAGUAGAAAAAUCCGAGGAGGAGCCACCCUUGACCCUGCCGAAACCUUCCUUUAUCCCUCAUGAGGUGAAAGUCAGCAUUGAGGGAAGGUCGAAUAUUGGCAAGUGAAUGCUCGCAGGACUGUUGUGUAACCAUUGGGAUUUGGAAAAAAAACAGAAAAGGAUUCUACAAAAAAAAUCAUGAAUGCCCACUUUAAUGUUUCAUUUGUCUUGGUUUUAAAGUUUUGUUUUCUGUUUUUAUUUUUCUAUCUUGAAUACUGUACUGUAGAGGUAAAUUUACCCUACAUGGUAUCACCUUACAUUAAGUCCAUGUAGUUUAUAACACUUUUUUCUUUUUUUUGUAGAUGGAUUUGAUAUCACACAAGCAAUCUGUGCCGUUUUGGUGGUUUUCACAAUAUGACUUAUGGUUAGGGAUUAGUGAAGAGUGUUUGUUGGUGGCUGUGUGGCACACAGGAGCAAUGCUGGAUGGCUCUUCUUGGCUGGAUACACAUUGCAGAUUAUGUAAAGUUGAAAUUGAAUUAGCUCUCAGUUAGUUUCUUGGCAGUGAAUUCACUCCCUGUGCACUGCUAGUGAGGCCGCCUGGACGAAAAUCUUGCCACGCCAGUGGUUUUACACUGGACCACAGGAGUGAUAUAAUGUCAGCUGAUCCUAAGCAUGAAGGAUUUGUGGGUAAAUCAUGAAAUUUUUCAUCUGCUGAGUGGGAGUAAGAAAAACAUUUUUUUUUAGUAUAAACGUAGCACGUGUUCUUCACCGUGCCAUCAGGGUGUGCCAGACCUGAUCAGUGAUGUCAUCAGGUGGUACCAGUGUGCCACACAAUAGAGAGGGAAUAACACUGUUCAGUUUGAUGAUGGUGGAGUCUUUACUUUCAUCUUAUUUCAUUUACAUUUUUUUUUCUUAAACCCCUUGUCUUCUAUCUCACCAGAUAGUUGUUUUCAAUGAUUGUCAAAAACCUUAAUCAGGGGUCAUAUAGUCCUAGAUUGAACCUAGGUGGGUCAUUGUUAAUGUGUAAAUGUGAGAUACCCUAACCUGAUACAUACAAGUGCAAACACACUGGGUUGGCGAACUUCACUUUAAAAAUAAUGUUAAGAGGAAGACUUCAUACAAUCCUCAUCGUUUUUUGAUGAAUUUCUUUAUAUUUUUUUAAGGAGAAAGGCUGUGUGAGAGAAACUGAGAGAAUCUGCAUGUCAGUUCCGAGAGGGUCAAGAUGAUUCAAAGCACUUAACACACCUGUCACACUCACCAUACAGCCGACACAUAUUUGUUGUCUCUUUAUUUACGCAGUACUGUAUGUUUUAAGAUUUUUUAUAUAUAUAU